AUGUCCCCCUCACCCCUCACAACCUCUCCAGAAACCCUAACCCUUCUAAAAGACCUCCACGCCAAAUCCCUAAACCAAGAAUCAGCCGUGGACUGGCACACCAUCCCGCAACAAUGCACCCCUGAAUUCGACUCCAUAAUGCUGGACAAGUUCAUCGCCCUCGACCAAGACAAAUGCGAACUAGUCUACCAUAUCCUACGCAGCAUCGACGCAAAAACAGUCGUCGAGGCCGGUACCAGCUUCGGCGUUAGCACUAUCUAUCUAGCGCUUGCUGUUGCCGAGAAUGCGAAGCGCGUUAGCGCUACAGCUAAGCCGCGGGUUAUCGCCACGGAGAAGGAGGAGUCUAAAGCCGAACUGGCGAGAGCGCAUUGGGCAAAAGCUGGUAGGGAGGUUGAGGAUGUUAUUGAGCUUCGUGUUGGGGAUUUACGGGAGACUCUUACUGAGGAUUUGGGGACUGUGGAUUUUUUGUUGUUGGAUAUCUGGACCCCUCUCGCCCUCCCCGCGCUGAAGCUCGUCCAGCCGCAUUUCCGACCUGGUGCGGUCAUCAUCGUUGAUAAUACGGUCAUGGCAGGUGAUAGGUACCAAGAGCUCUUUGCAUAUGUUGAUGCCGAGGGGAGUGGGUUCCGACGCGUGACGAUGCCGUACGAGGGUGGUUUGGAUAUGAUUGUUUAUCAGUAG